AUGCCGUGGACAAUCUGGCCGGCAUUGAUUGUGCUCUGGGGGGUCUGUUGGAUGUUUUAUCCCUCUCCCGGAAGUGCCCCUGGAGCUGGUGAGUUGGAGACCCAGUCUCAUCUUCAUCAGCCACAACCUGAAGAAUUCGGUGGGGAAUUCCUUUUUUCAGCAUCAGACGAGGCCGACCUGAUCUUCCCCUUCCUUGAGGACUCUUCGUUUUCUGAUGGAUGGUGGGCUCCUCAUCAGCUCAACACAAUCUGUGAUCCCCUGACAAUGACUAUGGAUCAUAAUACGGGGGCUUAUCCACCAGAUUCAGCACGCCGGUUUAGCCCGAUGACAACGGUAGAUCCAACCCGAAGUCCCACGAAUUCUCUCCACCUGGGUUCAGGAUCACAGCUCGCUCUUUCCCCCGGCGUUCAGCAACGGCCUCAAAGCCAAGGGAGCGAGCCGGUUGCCGUGGGUAUCACCGAAAAUAUUGCAACGACUGCAUCCGGGUCCAAAACUACCAACCGAUUCCAAUGCCCACAGUGCUACAAGGUCCUCUCAAGACGCGACGCUCUCGAACGCCAUCAAAGGUCACAGCACAACCGGGUGGAGGAGCAUCUCUGUCCUCACAAGCCAUGCAAACAUUCGAGGAAAGGCUUUGCCCGGCCAGAUGGGCUCCGGCGACACCUGAAGGCUUGCAAGUCACGGACCAGAAGGGCUGCCACAGUGGCAUUAGAGCCUAUGGAUAGCCAACCGGACAGCGGACUCGAGAUGAGAGAGGACAGCCAAGCGCGCAAUUCCGGGCAGGACACUUGUAGUACACAAGGCCCGAACGAUGCGAGUAGUCAACAAUCUCCUACGAAUAGUUGGGAAGCGGAAUUGAGAAAGCGCUACAAAGAGGCAAAAGAGGUGUGUGUGAGGAAGAAACGCGAGGUUGAGGAGGCACAACAGCAGUUCGAGGAGGCACAACGGGUGCUGGCCAGCUAUGAGACAUUGAUCGGAAACGCGGAAAAGGAACGCGCCGCAUGA